AUGGCCCCUUCGGACGUGAAAGACGAGGGAUUCCCUGCCCCUUCCAAGGAGGCCGUUGGCUUGAUCGACGGCGUAGAGACGCAAGCCACAUCCACUUUCUUUGCCGACAAGAUCAUGAUCACUCUGUCUCAGGAGGGUCGGUUAUCUCAAUGGAUCCAAGUCCCUCUCUCAGCACCAUCAUCAGCGAGCGUCGAGAUGGCACUGCCAGAUACAAGCUUACUGCCGCUCUCGCAUCUGACGCCGAAAACCCUUCUCGGCGGCGGUGGUGAGGAGCGCGAGUCUUCCGGCCAGUUGUAUGCUGUUCAGAUUGCCAGUCUCUUCGCCCGCAGAGAUUCAGAAGAGAAACGGACGCUCCUCGUUGGCCUCGGUCUUCUGAAACCGAAGCCAGACCGUGAAUCUUUCUUCGACCUGAUCGAACUGGUUCAAAGAGUCAUAUGA